GGGCCGCCAAAACGGGGUGCGAAUCGACCUAGAUCGAUCCAUCCAUCCAUCCAUCCGGGCUAGCUCGAGUCUCACAUGUCUACAGAUGGUAUUUCUCCGCAUCGGUAUGAUGAUCCGUUUUUUCGACGGCCUGCCUAUGACCGGGACCAUCCGAACCAGAGGAGGGGGAUGGGGUUCGCGCUGUGGCCCUCGGCUGCGCGCAAGUCAUACACGUCAUUGAGAUUGAACGGCGUCAAAGGGCGCAACAAACGCGUGCGCGCGCAUGCCAUGAGAUCACUGCGGGAGCUUUGCGGAAGCGACUUAUAACAGGGACGUCCCCCCCCCGUUCGACGAAGCAUGUUCAUCCGUCACCGAUAACCAUAAUUGACGAGACUGAUAUCACAAUGGCUCCUAAGCAGCCCGAACGCCUCAAGCACGUCGCCGAGAAGGCGACGUCCAAGAACCCCUCGCAGCUCGGCGACCCGGUCUCCCUCAAGGCCGAGGUGUCGCAGCUGUCGCCGACGGAGCACGACCUGGGCGCCAACUCGAAGCAGGCGUCGUCGUCGUCGUCGUCGUCGAAGCCGCCGUCCGGCAAAGGCGGCGCCGCGGGGGCCAAGAACUCGGACGGGUCGCCGGUGCAGGGGCCGGAGAAGAAGCGGUUGAAGAAGGUGGCCGAGGAGAACCUCGAGGCCGGCAACCCGUCGCAGCUCGGGGACCCGUGGCGUCCAGGGAGCACUUCGGUCCGGUGCGUCAACGACGAAGUAAUAAUCGCCGCCGAGGCGCCCGCCGUUGCCCUCCCGGCCUUCGUCAAGCGCCAGGACCCCAAGCCGGUCGAGGUGUACUUCCACGUUGCCAGUACCGUAGACCACGAGAACCGCAUAACCGAAGAAAUCGUCACUGCCCAGUUCAACGUCCUGGAAUCGGCCUUCUCCAACCACGGCUUCGCGCUCUUUCUCGCCGACGACGUCUCGCGCGUCGUCGACGACGUGCUGGGAAGGGGGUUCUACGACGAGGACCUCGGCAUCGCCGACUACGACGGCUACAUUGCCUGGCGCGCCGCCACGCGCCGCGGCGGCUACGACGCGCUCAACGUCUACUUCUUCACGGACCUGCCCGUGGCCCUCGGGGGCGUCUGCAACUUCCUCGGCCCGGCCGAGGCGGGCAGCGAUAGCUUCUGGCUGGACGGGUGCUGGAUCAACGGCGACACGAUGCCGGACAUGCCGCCCCGCGGCGCCGCCGCCGAGGGCGAGGAGCCCCCCGUGCCCAAGGGCCACACCGCGGUGCACGAGGUCGGCCACUGGUUCGGGCUGUACCACACGUUCCGCGGGGGCGAGUGCGAUAGCGUCAACGACUUUGUCGACGACACGCCCGCCCGGGCUGGAUCCCAUCCACAACUAUAUGGACUACUCUGACGAUUCUUGCACGAGCGAGUUCACCCCCGGGCAGGAGGAGCGUAUGCACCGGGUGUUCGAUUUCUACAGGAGACUGCCAGGCUAAAUGCGGGCACAAAGGGGGCCGAACCACCAGC